AUGAUAUUAAUAACAGAAGUAACUGGUGAUGACCGCAAUGAUCGAGCAGUUUUGAUCUUCAUGACAGCAUCGGUGAUUAGCCUUAACACACCUCUCACCGUCUUGAAUAUCACUUUAGAUGGUGACGAAGACGUGGAACAAAAUUCAUUUCCAUGGGCAUUAUUUCACGUUCAUGAAUGGGUUGUUAAUAGCACCGAACUUUUGGCUCAUUUCAUCUCGCUUUUUCAAAAUGAAGAAGACAAUACUACUCGAAUGCAAAUCUGUCGAGCAGUAGGAUACUGGAUUCAGACCUGUCCAACUCAUUUCGACGCAUCACUUUGCAGGCUUGUGGAUCGCCUGAAAUUACUUGCUGUAUCGAUGGAUAUUCCAAAAGCUGAUGUUCUUCUUGACCUCACAUCAUUGCUACAGGUUAAAAUAAUUUAUUAUUUGAUUUUUCGGCCUUCUUACUCGUGGAUUCGAAAUAUAUCUGUAAGAAAUCCUGAGGUUCGUAAAUGCUCCCUAAGUUUCGGGCUGUGGACUGCCGAGGAAAUUGCUGUUUCGCUCAGUCAUAUUGAUUACAAAGCUUUGUUUCGAAUUCCCAUUAGCGAACUAAAGCAGUACUGUACCGAUGGCAAUCUUUCUCACACGCCUAUUUUGGAAAGAUCAAUUUCAAUCUUUAAUAGUUUGUCAAAUUGGGUGCAGUGUAUGGUUCUGAAUAAAGGAACACCUGUUGAACGUGCAGAAAUGAUCACUAAGUUUGUUCAUGUAGCAAAAUACCUUAAACAGAUGAACAACUUCAAUACACUAAUGGCAGUUAUAGGAGGCGUGACUCAUAGUAAUAUCGCUCGAUUAUCCAAAACAUUUUCCGCUUUAUCCAGUGAAGUGAAAAAAGAAAUCAGUCAUUUCACACAACUGCUAUCUUCAAGUACAAAUUUUUUUAAUUACCGAAAAGCUCUCCGGGAUAUUCCAGGAUCUUUCUGUAUUCCUAUUAUGGGUGUACACUUGAAAGAUUUAAUCAGCUUGCAAAUAAAAGAUCGCGAAAUGGGACACUGCUGUCUUGUUUCUUGUCAAAAAAUUCUUAAGCUAGCAAACCAUUUAUCACAUUUUAUCAGUUUCAGUCGCACUCCUCAUAAUUUCCCUGAUGCCAAUAUUGAUCUCAUUCAUACGCUCAAAGUUUCUUUUGAUAUUCGAUACAGUGAAGAUGACAUUUAUCACCUUUCCUUAAAACGUGAACCUCGUACACUUCUCAGUUUCCAAAAUUCCGCGAAAUCGUUAGUCUUUGCGGAUUGGGCGUCAGGAGUGAGUAGCACGUUAGAUUCCGAAAUCGUGAAUAAACAUAUCACGGCAAUGGUAGACGCUGUAUUUAAAAACUACGACCACAAUAGGGAUGGCUCUAUCUCACAAACUGAAUUCCAACAAAUUUCCACCAAUUUUCCAUUCAUAGCCCCGUUCGGAACUAUCGAUACUAAUAAAGAUGGACUAAUAAGUAAGUUGGAAAUGAAAGCAUAUUUUGUAAAAAUUUGCAAACAAUCAAUGGAAUUUCGUCGUGAAUUUAAACAUAAUUUUUACGAGACGACGUUCUUCACGCCCGCUUUAUGCGCUCACUGCGACAAAUUAUUAUGGGGUAUUAUUCGACAAGGAAUUAAAUGUCAUGAUUGUGGACUUGUCGUUCAUCGAGGCUGUGGUGAUAGCGUCGUCGUAGAAUGCAGACGUCUUUCCACCUGUUCAGCAAACGCGUGGAAAACAUCACACUCCGAGCAAACUCGUCCAAGUCGGAAACUUCUACCUGCUAUCAAAUCCAUUUCUCGGCUACGAACAUUUAGUGCUACAUCAGAACGCUCUGCAGCAGGUAUAUCAUCAACUGCGGAAUGUUCCGCAUCUACCUCCUGUAAACUCUGGCUGAAUUUACGCUCUCAUUCUCACAAAAAUCGUACUCGAUCUGAAACUAAUGAUUAUUAUCAGGUAGAGAAUUCAAUAGAAUCACCGAACACUGAUACAGUACCAUCGUUGGCAUGUGAGGAAGUUUUUGAAGAUGAAUCUCCCCGUAUUUCUAUAUCCGAUUUGAAUGAUUCUCAUAGCGCUGUACGGUAA